AUGGCCAUUUCCUGUUCUGCAGAAUGGUCACUUGCUUGCUCUAAAUGUUGCAGGACAACCCACCACCUUUAUGCAUUCAUCCCCACGUGCCACUUCCCUUCCUUGUGCUCUGUCUCACCCUCUCACCAACGCUUCUUCCAUGUCAAUUUCUCAGCCUCUCCCUCACCCAUUUUGGAAGAAGAAUCUUCCAACACCCCCAUCAUCCAUUUAGAUGUUAACUUUGCUGAUAUUCAACAGUAUUCCAAGCCAGAAGCUGAGAAUUUGAACGAGUUUUUAUGUGGGUUGUUUGAGGAUCCAAAAACAAAGGAACUUGCGUUUGACUACUACCACAGGUUGAAAGAGAGGCCGGAGUUUAGGCCUGAGAAAUCAACGCUAAGGCAUCUGAUCAGGUACUUGAUGAGUUUGAAGAACUGGGAUUUGAUUUUAUCAGUUUCAGAAGACUUUAAGGUUUACCAUGUGUUGCCUGACAGGGCUACUUGCUCUAGGGUGAUUAAAUUUUGCAUUGAACGUAGGAAGUUCAGGAUUGCUGAGGUUCUGCUUGAUGUUUUUAAGUCUGAUAGUAAGGUUGCUUUCUUAGCUUGCAGUUCUGCUAUGGGAAGUUAUAAUAAGCUGCAUAUGUUUAGGAAUACUGUUUUGGUCUUUGAAAGAAUGAAAUCCAGUGGUAUUCUUCUGGAUUCUGUAGGUUAUUUACACAUUAUGGAAGCCUACUCUAAACUUAAUGAAUGUGAUGAAGUGGUUCAGCUGUUUCAUGAAUUUAAAAGUAGGAAGUUAAAAGGUUCAACCAGAUAUGUAGCUCAAAUUUAUGGGAUUCUGUGCGAGUCAUUGGGGAAGCUUGGAAGGGCUUUUGAAGCACUUGAUUACUUUAGAGAGAUGACUAAGAAGGGGAUUUCUGAAUACUCAAUUUACUCCACCUUGAUAUACUCUUUUGCGAGUUUGCGCAAGGUUGAUGUAGCUGAAGAACUUCUUAAAGAAGCUAACGGCAAAACAAUGAUAAAGGACCCUGAGGUCUAUUUAAAGCUUGUGCUUAUGUAUGUCGAUGAAGGUUUGUUGGAGAAGACUUUGGAAGUUGUUAAGGCAAUGGAUGAUGCAGAUGUCAAGGUUUCUGAUUGUAUAAUAUGUACUAUUGUCAAUGGCUUUAGCAAGAAAAUAGGGUUUUCAGCUGCAGUUAAGGCUUUUGAGGAUCUAGUUUCCAAGGGCUAUGAACCAGGUCAAGUCACCUAUGCCUCAGUUAUAAAUGCAUAUUGGCGUCUUGGGCAUUACAGCAAAGCAGAGGAGGUGUUUUUAGAGAUGGAGCAAAAGGGGUUUGAUAAAUGUGUCUAUGCUUAUUCAAGCAUGAUUGUGAUGUAUGGCAGAACUGGGAGGGUGAGAAGCGCAAUGAAAUUGGUAGCUAAGAUGAAAGAAAGAGGGUGCAAACCAAAUGUGUGGAUCUACAACUCCUUGAUAGACAUGCAUGGGAGGGACAAGAAUUUGAAGCAGCUUGAGAAGUUGUGGAAAGAAAUGCAGAGAAGAAAGGUAGCACCAGAUAAGGUGACUUACACUAGCAUCAUUAGUGCUUACAAUAAGGCAGGAGAGUUUGAAAGUUGUGUGAAACUUUUUGAUGAGUAUAGGAUGAAUGGGGGCCUUAUUGAUAGGGCCAUGGGGGGUAUAAUGGUUGGUGUGUACACUAAAAUUGGUCGGGUUGACAAUCUGGUUAAACUCUUACAGGACAUGAAAACAGAAGGAACAAGACUAGAUCAGAGGCUGUAUCAAUCUGCUUGGAAUGCUUUUAAAGAUGCUGGGUUGCAACUUCAGGCAACAUGGAUGAAAGAGAGCUUCCAUGUGGCAUAG